AUGAGUACCCCUGGUUAUGAUGAUCCAAGAAAAGAUCGUUCAGGACCAGCUGCUUGUCAAGUGAACGUUCAGAUGCUGGAGAAGAAAAUGCGAAUUCAAACUGUUGUAAUUCAUACUAGUACAUCACUCGUGGAAGGUCAAUGUUUAGGUGCUAAAUUACCCGAUACUGUUAAUGUUGCUAUUCAAAUUGGUGGUACACAAGUUCAUGAACAAUAUGCAACUAAACAAAAUGAUUUCGAUGAAAAAAAAAGUACUCGUAUUAUUUCUAAAUGUUCAUUGAAUCAUAGAUGUCAUAAUACUUAA